UUGAUGUCACAAAGAGUGAUGCACUUUGUGGACCACAUCAAAAAGCUGCCGUCAUAACCACUGCAGAAGAGAGCGAGAGAGCGAACAGAAGGAUUGUAACCCAACUAGAGAUUGAACCGAAAGCUUUUCGAGACAAAAAGUCAAAUCUUCACCAACGAACACAGAAAAACACUGAGAAGUUCUUGGAACAAUGAGUCAAAGCGGUAAGGAAAAAACUUUGGAACAGAAAAUCGCCACCCUGGAGCAGGAGAAAAGCACCCUGGAGCAAAUGAACACUGCCCUGAAGAAGGACAAGAUCACCCUGGAGCAGAAAAACAUCGCCUUAGAAAAGGAAAAAACUGUUCUGGAGCAGAAAACCACUGCCUUGGAGGAGAAAAUUGUUGCCCUGGAUCAGAGAAACACCAACUUAGAGAAGGAAAAAAGUGCCUUGGAACAAAAAAAUACUGAACUGGAACAGGAAAUUGCCACCAUGGAACAAAUAAACAACACCCUGAGGCAGGAAAGAACAGCCUUAAAAAAGGAACAAAAUACCUUGAAGCAGGAAAAAUUUGCCCUGAAGGACAAAAAUAUUGCACUUAAGGUGGAAAACACCGCCCUGAUGCAGGAAAACACCGCCCAGGGUCAGGAAAACACCUCCUUGGAGCAGGAAAAAACUGUUCUAGAUGAAAGAAACACCGCCCAGAAGAAGAUAAACAACGCCCUGAACAACGUAAGAAUAGCCUUAGAAGGGGAAAAAUUUAUGCUGCAGCAGGAAAUAAUUGCCCUGAAGCAGCAACAUGAUGUUCUAGGAGAGAGAAACACUUUCUUGGAGGAGAGAAACACUUACUUGGAAAAAGACAGAAUUGACCUGAAGCAGGAAAUCUUCACAUUACAGCAGGUAAACAGCAUUUUGGAAGAGGAAAGCAUUGUUUUUGAGCAGGAAAAAAACGCUUUUGAGGAGAAAAGCACCUUCUUGGAGGAAAUAAACAAGGCCCUGAAGUUGAAAUGCACCGGUCUGGAGCAAAAAAAUGCCACGUUGGACAACAUAAUCACCGCCUUGGAGCAGGAAAAGAAUGUCCUGGAGGAGCAAAGCACUGCCUUGGAGCAUAAGUCCACUGACAUGCACCGUGAAUUGGAACAGCUGCGCCAUCGCCUGAGGAACGGAAUGAAACGGAUGAACCAGGAGUCAACAGAAGAGGAAACCCAAGAAGACAUCCAGCCCGUUUCAGACCAGCCACAGGACCAGGUCCCUGUAUCUAAAAAAGUGCCAUGAGGGCUCCAAGCUUCAUGUUUGAUUAUCGGUGGCAGAAAAGCUUGAGGACAACAGAACUGCGGUGUCAGGGGAAGCUUGACACUAGGGGGCUGAUGGUGGAAGAGCUUAACACUUGAAAGAUGUUGGCAGGAGAACUUGAGGCCCGCAGGACUGCGGUGCCACUGGAACUUGAGGCCAUCGAACUCAGGUUUCCUUCAUCACCAGAAGAUUCCUUUGUUGCCAGCAGUGCCUCCCGGCCUGCCUCAGGGGCUUUGUAACCAGUCCUGCUGGUCUCCAGGCUGACUUCCAGGCUUCGUAGCGAGUCCUGUUGGUCUCCAGGCUGACCUCCAGGCUUCGUAGCGAGUCCUGUUGGUCUCUAGGCUGACCUGCAGGGCUUCGUUGCGAGUCCCGUUGGUCUCCAGGCUGACCUCCAGGCUUCGCAACGAGUCCCGUUGGUCUCCAGGCUGACCUCCAGGCUUCGC